GUUGACUCGUCAAAUAUAAAGAAAUUUCACAUACCGACUUUGCGUGGGGAGCAAAGAACAGAUUACUUCAUAUAAACUAAUCAAAGAAUGUUUCCUUACAUUCGAUUAAAGCUACUAUCCAAUCCCUUUGCCAGCAAGAAUUUGGAACACCCAUUGCUUUGAUUUUGAGUCUUUUUUGCAUUGGGCAAAGAACAGCCCCGCCAUGGACGGAGGGAAGGGCGUGGUGGAGGAAGAACAGAAACCUGCUGGUGAUGAGGUGAUAGUGGAUUGUUCUGAUUAUUUACACCAAAUGUUCGAUGAAGUGCCUGUUCCAGUUCGACAAUGUUCUUUUGUCAAAGUUUUGCCACUUGAGAAUCCUGAAGUAGAUGCCAUGAUCAAGAAAGCUGAAGAGACGAUUGAAAAGAUGAAUCAAGAUCAAGUUCUGUUAGCUCAGAAGAUAAGGAAAAGAGUUAUGGAUGGCGAUGAUGUGAGGGCAAAAUUAUGCAUGAUAAAUUACUAUGAUAACUGUGGAACCUUCCUAAAUUGGGACAGAGAGAGAUUGGAUAUCCUGCAUCUAUCAUUAGAUAAACUGACUUUUGCAAACAGAGCAUACAAAGAGAAAUCGAUUAACUCAUGCUUGUCGGGAGGGGAAGUUGAUAAGCAGAAACUGUCAUUUUCGAUAGUACAUGGCCGUAAAAACAUGGCUGAUGAGAGAAAUCUAUUAAAGGAGAUCAAAGCAAGCAAAGGGAAGGAUGAUGGCAUGACAGUAGAAGAACUCUAUGCUCCUAUUCAACGCCUAAAAGAGCAAUGGGAUCGUGAGAAAGCCGCUAAAGAUGCUGACCGUAGUAAAACCAUUCUCAAAGACAUCAGACAACAUAAAAUUGCUAGAGAGCAAGCUAUUGCUGAUGCUGUUGUGAAUGGAAAAUUGUGGAACUCCUUGGGCUCACAAGAAGCCAUACGAGCAGAAUUGCAGGAGGAACUCAGCUACGAAUCAGGUGAGGUUGAGUAUAAUCACGAAAAAAUAAAUACCAAAAUUAUCAAGUUAAAAAAAAAGUUGGAGAAGAUAGAAAAGGAUAUAAGUUCUCUGCAGAAACGCUUGAAAGCUAUCAAUCGAAAAAAGGGCGCGACAUACACCAUCAUUCUUAAGCUUAAGAAGCAAUACGAAGAGGAGAACGCUGGUCCCUCUCCCAAAGAAAGUCAAAGUACUUGCUGAGAAGAAAGCAUUGCAGCACUUCAAAAAUUAUCUCAAGCACAGGUUGAAAAGGUUAUACAACAGUGGAAUAACUGCCGAGAUUUCAAAAGCGAUUACGAACAGAGUUGAUGUUCAUUGAUUCAAAUCAUAGUUGAUCAAAGAUGUAACUUAUUAGUUUCUUUAGUAACCAAAUGUUGUAGCAUCAAAUGGUUGUCCGAUCAAACAUUUUUUUGAACUUGUGUCCUUGUAAGUAUAUAUGUCAAACAAUUUACAUAUGCUUGAAGAGUUUGUUUGGUCAUUUGUUGCUUCAAUGUUUCCAUUUCUGUAAGUAUGUCUCUGAGGUCAUAUUCAAAAGUAUUGAUGUCUAUUGAUUCAAAGUUGCAAUGUAUUCAGAUUUUUUGUUCGGAAGCAACAAUAAAUUUUCUUGAACA